AACGGGCCGCUAUUGGCCAGAGUGUGGCAGUCUUAGCUAGGGCUGGCCAAUGUACCUCCCCCUUAGAUUGUGACAUGGCAGACAAUGAAAUAGGCACGAAGCUCCCGUUGUCGUUACAAUAAAUAACUGCUCGCGGAUAUGGAAAGCUGUUACAUUUGUUGAUCUCUUGGCUUGAGAUACUGUUGGGAAUUCUAACAGUCUUCAUACGGAUUACAGAUUUGUUUCUAUUCGGCACUGGAAUACAACGACAAAACAUGAGACGGCAAGUACUGUUGUUCAUGUUGGUCCUCUCUCUCACCCCUGUUUUCGGGCAAGUCAGCUACUCCAUUCCCGAGGAAAUGGAGAAAGGCUCAUUAGUCUGUAAUUUAGCUCAGGAUUUAGGUUUAGAGUUUAAAAGACUAAAGUCGGGAAGAGCUCGUAUUCAUUCGGGAGACAGUGCAGAAUAUUUCGAGUUGAACAGAGAGAGGGGUGUCCUCCUUAUCAAAGAAAGAAUGGACAGAGAAAUGUUGUGCGGGGAAACGACGCCCUGUGCUUUACAUUUACAGAUGAUUAUGGAAAAUCCGAUGGAAUUGUUUCGAAUUACAAUAGAAAUCACAGAUAUAAACGAUAAUGCUCCCAGCUUUUCGUCGAGCGAGAAGCGUUUUGAAAUCAGCGAGUCAGCCGUCAUUGGGUCUAAAUUUGUACUUGAGAAAGCCAUCGAUGCUGACAUUGGUAUAAACGGUCUGCAAAGCUAUUCGCUUAAUCCAACGAAUAACUUUGCUUUGAAAUUAGAGAAUCAAGCGGACGGAAGUAAAAAGGUAGAAAUGGUUUUACAGAAGCCUCUAGAUCGAGAGCACCAGGAUCAGAUAUCACUGUUAUUAACUGCACUAGAUGGUGGACAGCCGCGUAUGUCAGGUACAAUACAGAUAACUGUCAACGUGUUAGAUGCAAAUGAUAAUGCACCGGUUUUUACUCAGCCCGUAUAUAAGGCAACAAUAACCGAGAAUUCCCCGAGAGGAACUAGUGUUAUAGCUGUGACUGCAUCUGACAGAGAUGGAGGCUCUAAUGGAGAAAUCACAUAUGCAAUUUCAAAUAGCAAGCGUCGAAUUACUGACUUAUUUCAGAUCAAUGGAAAAACAGGUGAUGUCAUCUUGAUUGGUGAAAUAGAUUAUGAAAAAGCGAAACUCUUUCAAAUAGAUAUUGAGGCGAUAGAUAAUGGAGGACUCUCUGAUUCCAGUAAGAUCCUAAUUGAUAUCACUGAUGUCAAUGACAACAGUCCUCAGCUAAAAAUACUCUCUAAAUCAGACACCAUUUUAGAAGACUCCCCUGAGAAUACGAUUAUUGCUAUGCUAAGCGUGAAUGACCCUGACUCUGAGAGAAUGGAGAGGUAGAAUGUAAUAUUAAUGAAGAUAUCCCUUUUAAAAUACGAAGUACAAUGAAUGGAUUUUACAGUUUACUUACGGAGGUCACUUUAGACAGAGAGAUAGCUUCUCAGUAUAAUAUAACAGUGAGCUGCUCUGAUGAGGGAGUGCCCUCCCUCUCCAGCAGCAUCAC